AUGAAUAUCGAUUUUAACACUCCGACGUGGUUAAUCAACUACUACAAUGCGGUUGGACUCAUUUCAUUAUUGAUCAAUAUCGCAACUAUACUUUUAAUAAUUUUCAAGAGCGAAAAGCUGGGAAGCUUCAAAUAUUUCAUGCUCGCGUUUCAGAUUAUAAAUACAAUCUCGGAUUUUCACGUCACAAUUCUGAUGCAACCCGUCCCAUUGUUCCCAAUCUGGGCAUUUUUUAGUGUUGGGUUUGCAGCUGACGAACUUGAAAUUUGGAGUCACGUUCUUAUUGCGGUAUUGAUAACAUCAGUGGGAUGUCAAUUUGUGAGUCUCGAGUUUUGUUUUCUCAAGAAGCAUCAAGCAAUUGCCGAGAUUACGAGACGACACCAAAUUCCUGAGAUGAAGCUGAACAUUUUUCGGAUUUGUAUGUCUAUCUGGCCUAUUUUCACUUAUAUUCUGAUAUACUUGGCCGGAAUGAAGAGAGAAGUGUCAAUGGCGUUUGUUUUACUUACAUACCAAUACAUAUUCGAAUUCUCAAAGCUAAAAAACUUUGCAAUUUACAAGUGGAGCUUCUGGUUUAUAUUUUCUUCAAUUGUCGGGACAUUCGGAAUUGUCUUAUAUUUUCUCAUAUGCAAUUUUGCAACUUGUGACAUGUUGCAAAUGCUCAAAGAGGUCCAACUCAAAGUUUCCAAUCAAAAUUACAAACGUCACAGGUCAGUUUUAACGACACUUAUUGCUCAGUCGUUAGGCUCUUCUGUAAUUGUGGUUCCGGCCUGCGCUUUAAUGGUUUUCGGCCUACUCGAGCUCGGAUACGAUCAACUAAUAUGUGAAAUAAUAUGUAUGGUGUUUUCACUGCGUGGUUCUAUUCAUUCGAUAGUUUUUGUGCUGACUACACCUCCCUAUCGGAGAUUUAUUUUUGGGCAAAAAUUUUCAAUUCCGGAAAUAUGCCGGUUUACCGAUUUUCCGAAAAUUUUAGGUUGCGCCAGUUUGCCGGUUUGGCGAUUUUCUGGAAAUUUUCAAUUCCGGAAAAUUGCCGGUUUGCCGAUUUGCCGAAUAUUUUAA